AUGGAAACUAAUAAACCAGUGACUGUUUCAAUUAUUGACCAAAAAACACAUCAUGAUGAAUUGAAUACAUUACAAAUUAAUAUUUCAUAUAAACCGAAUUUCAACUCCAAUAAUCAUGGUGAUUUUCAAACGCUUAACGGUGUAAUGAAAAAUUUACAAUGUUUGAAUAUUGAACAUAUUCAAAAUUCGCAUAAACAAAAUCCUACAUAUUUAAUGCAUAAUAAUAAUAAUAAUAAUAAUAAUAAUAAUAAUAAUUCAUUUAAUCCUUAUGAUUAUCCGAAUGAAUAUCAUGAUCAUAGUGUAGUUCCUCGUCAUCCUAAUGAUGAUAAGGAUGAUGACGGUAUGAUUGCAUAUACUACUAAUAAUUACACGAAUACUACUAAUGUUGUUGAUCUCAACUCCAUCAGAUCACAUGAAAUAGCCAUCAUCAAACCGCCACAAUUACCACCACGUAAAUAUCAAAGAUCAUCAACGAAUUUGUUGAUUUUCAAUAUGAUUCGAUCACCAUCUGAUACUUGUUUGAUUGGUAAAACAGUACAUCAACACUAUCCAAAACAAUUAAUCAAUACAACUAGCCCACAACCACUUGAUAGCAGUCAAAUCACAUCUCCUGAAGAUACACAAUUUAGUAAUUCAAUGCCAACAAAUUCAUCAAAUAUAUCUGAUUAUCCAGAUGACAAUAAACCGUUUCAUCAUCAUAAUUUUACAAUUAAUCAUACAAAUUUACCGGUUAUAACAGACAGAUCAUUUGAAUCAUUAAAAAUAUUCAAUAAUCCAUUAGAUCAUAAUCCUAAUCAAAUUGAUGAUCACGUGAAAUAUCGUUCAUUAUAUGAUACAACACAAAGCGGGAAAUUUCCUUAUACACGAAUGAAUUCACGUACAGUUGUUACUGAUGAUCCAAUCAAUAAUAAUAAUAAUAAUAAUCAACCUGUAAAUAUUGAUAAAAGCUACAAUGAAGUUAAUAGUACAAUGGGUAAAAGACAAAAAUUAACUAAUUUUGAUGAAUAUCCACCAUCAGGUCCUGGUAGUUCAUUUAGUCAACGUGGUAAAAUCAGUGGUGCUAAACUUUCUUUUCAUCAUAUUUCUUAUGAGGUUAAAAUUAAGAAGACACUUUGUAGUAAACCAAUGAUUAAGACAAUACUUGAUGAUGUAAGUGGAAUACUUCGACCUGGAAUGAAUGCUCUUAUGGGACCAACUGGUAGUGGAAAAUCUUCGCUUCUAGAUGUGUUAGCUGGUCGUAAAGAUCCAAAGUUUCUUUCUGGAAAAGUUUUAAUUGACGGUAGACCUCAACCGAAAAAUUUCAAAUGCAUUUCCGGUUAUGUUGUACAGGAUGAUAUUGUAAUGGGCACCUUAACAGUAAGAGAGAAUUUAAAUUUUUCAGCAGCACUAAGAAUGACAAUGCAUUGUACAGCAGAAGAAAGAAAUCAAAAAGUUAACGAUAUUAUCGAUGAAUUGGGUUUAAAUGCUGUGGCAGAUAGUAAGGUCGGGACUGAAUUAGUUCGUGGAGUAUCAGGUGGUGAACGUAAAAGAACCAGUAUUGGAAUGGAACUUAUCACGGAACCACCUGUGUUAUUUUUAGAUGAACCAACCACAGGUUUAGAUGCAUAUAUGGCAGGACAAGUUGUUAAAACACUGAAAGCUUUAGCUAGACGUGGUCGUACGAUUAUAUUUUCUAUACAUCAACCGAAAUAUUCAAUCUAUAAAUUGUUUGAUACAUUAACUUUAAUCUAUCGUGGUCAAAUAAUUUAUCAUGGAUUGGCAAAAAAGGAACCAAUUCAAUAUUUUGGUCGUUUAGGUUAUAUAUGUGAAAAUCACAAUAAUCCACCAGAUUUUUUUAUGGAUGUUAUCCACGGUGAAUGUUUACGUCAACAUGGAACUACAUCAGAUGUUCAAAUUAUGGAUCAUCAUGAUACACAAGAAAGAAUACAUUUAGUUGGUCAACAACUUGUUCAAGACUGGCAAACUUCUGAAAUGGCUCAAAAAGUAUUAGAAGAAGUCAGUUCAAUUACAAAUCGAUUGGAAGAAUAUGAAAAUGGUCCAAAAAAAGGCAAAGACAAUGCAGUGGACAUAUCAUUUGCUGCAUCAUAUUUUCGACAAAUUAAUAAAGUUUGUUGGAGAUCAAUAUUAAAUUUAUUACGUGAUCCAUUAGCAUCAGUGAUACAAACAAUUGUUUAUUUAUUUUUCGCUUUAUCAAUGGGUAUAGUUUAUUUUCAAAUGAAUGAUUCCUUAGAAUCUGGUAUACAAAAUCGUACAGGCCUGUUUUAUUUUUGUACAUUACAAGUGAUAUUUGUAAAUUUGGCUACAAUUGAAUUGUUUAUUAAAGAACGUGUAUUGUUUAUACAUGAAAGUUCAAGUGGUUAUUAUCAAGUGUCAGUAUAUUUUUUUUCGAAAAUUCUUUGUGAUAUAAUACCAACUAAAGUAUUACCUAUAUUAUUAUUUAUGCCAAUAUGUUAUUGGAUGGCUGGUUUACAAAAAACAUUUGGAGCUUUUAUGUUUUUUGAAUUACUUCUAUGUUUGACAACAUUAGCUGCUGCUGCAAUUGCUUUAUGUAUAUCAGCAAGUGUUACUGUGUUUGGUUUAGCUAAUGCUCUGUUAUCAAUUAUUUAUGUAUUUAUGAUGGCUUUUUCCGGUUUCUUAAUCAAUUUAAAAUCUAUGGCACUUUGGCUUAGUUGGCUACGUUAUUUCUCUAUAUUUCGUUAUAGUAUGGGUGGUUUAUUAGCUAUGGAAAUGGCACCAUUACGAUUUUGUCCAAUGGAUAAAUCUAAUACAACAAUUAAUCGACAAUGCCAAAAUGGUACAACCUACUUAGAAGAUCAAGAAAUCCCUUAUAUGACCGGAUGGGAUCUAUGGUAUAAUGUUUUCGGGUUGGUGGUAAUUAUGACUGUAUUUUACAUUCUUUGUUAUGUUCGACUUCGACUACUCAAUAAAUACAAGUAGUAUAAAGUUAGAAGCAGAAAAUUUGUUGGUGUACAUUGACUGGAAACAGAAUAUCGCUCACGACUGAAUUUCAAUAAAUUGAUGACGAAAACAGAAAAAAAUAUGUGAAAUCUAAAACCAAUUUACAAAAAUAACCAUUUUUGAUGGGGCGUCUAGUCAGAUGAACUAUCUACAAGAUUUGUUGUAAUGGAAGUAUGAAAAGCAAAUCGGUCUUGGGGGUAUAAACUUAAAUUUAUGUACAUAUUAAACUCUAUAUUAAUGUACAUAAUUUUGGUGAUCUAGUUGAGUUGUAUUUAAUUGAAAGUCUAUUUUUGUGAUAAAAAUCUCUUAUCUAA